AUGAGCUUUUCAAGGAGAUCAUCUGGGGGAUUUUCAUCAUCUUAUGAUGGAUCAUUGGGUAAUUUAACUCCUUUCUUAACACAUUCAGAUCCUUUGGAUUCCAAGUACUUGAGCAGGUCUAUGCUUGAAAUUACAAGAGAUGUUUGUUACAAUAACUCUUCAAAAAGGAAUUCGAGAGGAGGUGAAUCACUGGGGAAGGAGUUUAACUAUAUUCAAAAAAAAAAAUCAGAUUUGAAUAAAGCGGAAACAAAUAGAUUAGGUGAUGACUUAAAUUCUUCUAUAGACACUCUUCCUCAAAAAAGAAAUGAUAUCUCUAUAGGGAAUCCAGAAAACAUGAGUAGGAGAAGGUUCAGUAUUUCUUAUGUUCAAAACCCUCCAAAUAAAACAAUAGACAAUCAAUAUAUUCAAAAGGAUAGGGACGGUAAUUGUAGAAGGGAUGAAAAUAAUUCUGAGUAUUUGCAUUAUAGAAAAUCUUCGCAAAAUUUUAAAAAUAGGUCAAGCUAUCAAGUUGAAAAAAAAAGUAGCCAACCAUUAAAUAAAAGAAUGAAUGUUUAUCAGGCAAACCAGUUAUUAUGUUCACUAUUAGAAAGGGACCCGUGCAGAUUAAAUGGCAGCGGCCUAUAUAGUUAUAAUAGCAAUGAUCAAUCCUAUAAAAUCAAUACAUUUCAAGAUGGAUGUAAGCAUUGGUAUUCAAAUAAUAAUAGAGAAAUGAUUGACCCUUUCUCAGACACAAAUAAUAGCUAUAUACCACAAUAUACGACUAAUGCUAGAAGAGCAAUGUACGAACUUAUUGGAGCAUCUGAAACUAGUAGGCCGGAUCCUGACUUAUCUGAUGAUGACUUAUCUCUUCGUUUUGUUAGAGGAACUUUGAUUGUAUGCGAUCUACGUAAUAAACUACAGCUGAACGUUGUUCCUCCGAUUUUUGGAUAUUUAUAUAAAAAGUCAGAUAGACAGUUUAGUGUACCACCAAUUAGAUGGCAAAAGAGAUAUGUCGUAGUGCACGAGUGUCAUUUGUAUUGGUUUGACUCAGAAUCUUCAUAUCGUCUUUUUGGAAUAAAUGCAUCAAGAGGAAGUGUAAGCCUCAUUUUGUUUAGAGCACAGAUGGAUCUUUCCCAUAAUAAAAGAAGGUUUUCGAUCGAAUUUGAAGAUCUACAGAAGUCUAUUGUUUUUCAUGUCUGUGACAGUUCAAUGGAUAGAGGUCUUUGGACUGGAGCCAUUCAGGCUCAUUUGAAGAAAGCUAUUGAAGUGAGGCACCGAACUGGGAACCAUAUUGACUGGAAGGCUCUUGAAUUUGAAGUUUGUAGAAUAAGAUAUGAAUCUGGCAUAAAAGGAAGAUUCUGGAGGUGCUCAGCUGAAGCACAUAACCGUAUGUAUGAAGUGCACCCACCAAGACACGAUAUUGCCAGCUUCGGCUCAUUAAAUAGCGUUAUAUGGGGAAAUGAUGGAUAUAAAAGAAAUAAUUCUGUAUUGUCUACUGGGUCAGUUAUUGAUCCUGGAACGGGAACUGCCACAUCUGGAAAUUGGAACCGUAGGCGAACUGGCUCAAUAGCAUCUUCAACUGCAGGCGCUUUUGGGAACAAAUAUCGUGCACCUUCAAUAUCUGGACUCUCAGAUUGUAACUUAUCGCGAAAAGACUCAGUAAACAUUGUUGGUGUUGCUACUUGUUCUGGAGCUAGUGGUACCUAUCCUGGAAACAGCAGAAGACAUAGCGCUGAAAGACAUUAA